AUGUCUCAGGAGAGGCCCACGUUCUACCGGCAGGAGCUGAAUAAGACAAUCUGGGAGGUGCCCGAGCGUUACCAGAACCUGUCCCCGGUGGGCUCCGGCGCCUACGGCUCCGUGUGUGCUGCUUUUGACACAAAAACUGGGUUACGUGUGGCAGUCAAGAAGCUCUCCAGACCAUUUCAGUCCAUUAUUCAUGCCAAAAGGACCUACAGAGAACUGCGGUUACUGAAACAUAUGAAACAUGAAAAUGUGAUUGGUCUCUUGGAUGUUUUUACACCUGCAAGGUCUCUGGAGGAAUUCAAUGAUGUGUAUCUGGUGACCCAUCUUAUGGGAGCAGAUCUGAACAACAUUGUGAAAUGUCAGAAGCUUACGGAUGACCAUGUUCAGUUCCUUAUCUACCAAAUUCUCCGAGGUCUCAAGUAUAUACAUUCAGCUGACAUAAUUCACAGGGACCUAAAACCUAGCAAUCUAGCUGUGAAUGAAGACUGUGAGCUGAAGAUCUUGGACUUUGGACUGGCCCGACAUACAGAUGAUGAAAUGACAGGCUAUGUGGCUACCAGGUGGUACAGGGCUCCUGAGAUAAUGCUGAACUGGAUGCAUUACAACCAGACAGUUGAUAUUUGGUCAGUGGGAUGCAUAAUGGCCGAACUGUUGACUGGAAGAACGUUGUUUCCUGGUACAGACCAUAUUGAUCAGUUGAAGCUCAUUUUAAGACUCGUUGGAACCCCAGGGGCUGAUCUUUUGAAGAAAAUCUCCUCAGAGUCUGCAAGAAACUACAUUCAGUCUUUGACCCAGAUGCCGAAAAUGAACUUUGCAAAUGUAUUUAUUGGUGCCAAUCCCUUGGCUGUCGACUUGCUGGAGAAGAUGCUUGUAUUGGACUCAGACAAGAGAAUUACAGCAGCCCAAGCCCUCGCACAUGCCUACUUUGCUCAGUACCAUGAUCCAGAUGAUGAACCAGUGGCUGAUCCUUACGAUCAGUCCUUUGAAAGCAGGGACCUCCUUAUAGAUGAAUGGAAAAGCCUGACCUACGAUGAAGUCGUCAGCUUUGUGCCGCCACCCCUUGACCAAGAAGAGAUGGAGUCCUGA